AUGUCAGAAGCAGCAGCUUUUGAUCCCUCUCACCCUGUCAUUGAUCGACUGGGCGGACAUCAGAUGAACUUUGCCAAGCAUCAAUAGCUCCUGGAAUUCAAUUGCCUGCUUACUUUCAGUAUCAUUGUUUUUUGUGAGGAGAGAUGGCUGAAAGGCACCAGCACCCAUCAAUCGUGCAAAAGGUCACAGGCCAGCUAUAUCUGGGUUCUGGCCUUUCAAAAGAUGCUCAAACACACUUUGCUGGAUUUCAAAGACCAGCUUUGCAUGAGAGACAUUUCACCUAUGGAAACUAUUGUAAUGCAGCAUUGAAGUAUCCUGUGCAACUAACAUGUGGAGCAGCCCGUGACCCAUCUUUUGUUGCUUCAAAUGCCUCACCAGUGUUUGUUCAAGCUCCAUCAGAGAAAGGAUUUGCUGGCUUUGCCAUUGAUUUUCUUAUGGGUGGAGUUUCUGCUGCUGUGUCAAAAACUGCUGCUGCCCCAAUUGAGCGUGUGAAACUCUUAAUCCAAAACCAGGAUGAGAUGAUCAAGACUGGUAGACUUUCUGAACCUUACAAAGGAAUUGGUGACUGUUUCAAGAGAACAAUUGCAGAUGAGGGGUUUGGAUCAUUGUGGAGAGGAAACACAGCUAACGUCAUCCGUUACUUCCCCACCCAGGUUCCUCACUUCUUUUCAGCAUUCAAUCACUGUAUCAGAGCCACUAAUAUGGCCAGAGAGAACAAUAACUCCUCUAUCUUCAACCCGACACCUCAAAGAAUUCAAACAUUGCCCAACGAUGCAAUGGGCUCUGUCUGCACACUGAAGCUCAACAAUGGCAACUUCCUUCUUUGGAAAAACAUGGUUCUCCCAAUCAUUCGUGGGAACAAACUCGAAGGCUUCAUCCUAAGAGCCAAACCAAGUCCACCUGAAUACACAGAGAAGGGGGUGGAAGGAAGCUCUGAAGUAGAAAUAGUAUGA